CUGUCUUUCUCAAAUGACACUUCCCAUCACCUCCAUCGAUCAAUCCGAGGCAGAUGCCUUUUGCCUUUUGGAGGAAGCACAACGGCACGUUCGGACUGAACCGAAUCGAAUCACUCGGCAGCUUCAUCCAUAACAUCACUCACACCUAACUAAAACAAACGAAGCAAUUGGUGUUCCGUCAGAUAUUAGAAGAAGAAGGUCUCACAACAAAACAAAAUCAUGGCACUAGAAAAGAGCGAGAAUCGAGUUGGUUUUGCCGUUGGCGGUAGCCGAUACGCGGUAGCUUUGGUGCUUUUGAUUCAUUGCUCCACCAUAACGGCGAAUCGCUUUGGUGGGACAUCAUCAUCAUCAACAUCAUGGACUGCACCACUCAGAAUAGGAGUGAGAUCUGCCGCCAAUUCUCAUCCGUUUGUUUCACGGAACAACAAGAGAUCCUCCAUUCAAUGGGCUGGCAAUGAUGAGAAGCCAACGCACGAGAUAGAUUCAUGGGCACCAUCAUCCAAUUUUCAUGAUAAUAAUAAUGAGGAAUGGAAUGCACUGUUUCCAGAAGAUCACGCUGUCAGUUACGCAUCCCGUACUCGAAGAACAACCAGGGAACCUACCUUUGGUUUUCGGAGAGCGCUCAAACUUCCUACUUUUCUCGUAGGAAGAAACAGCCAAUCCCAUGAUGUGGUACCGUGCGCUGCAGUGGCGGUUUCUAGCAAAGUCUCUGGGAGUCAGGCAUCUUUUUCACCGGCUCUGCAGUCUCGUCAACAACAAUCUUCACGAAAGAACAAGGAAUCUACCCGCAAUCAACCAAAAUCUGUACAAUCUACGGCGGCAGCCGCUUUGGCCAUUGGGGAACCUCGGCCCUUGGUCUUUUGGGAAAGUAUGGUGUGUGGAGCCAUUAGUCGUUCUGUGGCGCAAACCGUCAUGCAUCCAGCCAAUACCAUGAAGACUCUAUUGCAACAAUCCAAUGCCGGACCCAUCAUGGCAUACCUACGACCCUCCCAAUUGCCAAUCCUCCUUCGUGGUGCUGGAGCCAAUUUUGUGCUAAGCGUUCCUCACGGCGCCAUCAAUUUUGCCGUUUUGGAAAUGGUCCGAAAGGAACUGGGACGGGGCGUCCGAGCGUCCAAGUAUUUGGCAUCACGAGAAGAACGCUUGGGACCGGCAUUGGAUUUCAUGUCGUCGGCCAUUUCGACGGUAUGCUGCUCGGUUGUCUCCACACCCCAAAUGAUGAUCACGGACAAUAUCAUGGCCGGAAACUACAAGAACCUUCCCGAUGCAGUCCGUGGAAUUGGACAAGGAGGUAUCAGUGGGUUUUAUGCUCGGGGAUGGUGGCCAGGGUUGGUCGGAAAGAUUCCAUCCUAUGCGCUGACGUGGACACUCUUCCAACAACUGAAAGAGGUACAACGAAAGCUUACGGGACGAGAGGCCACCAACAUGGAAAAUUCCAUCAUGGGAUGCAUUGCGAGUGGUACCACAGUAACAAUCAUGAUUCCCAUGGAUACCAUCAAAACACGCCUAGUCACACAAAGCAUGGCAGCGGGUACGGUUCCCUACAAGGGCAUUGUGGAUUGCGCGGUGCGAGUGGCUCGUGAGGAAGGAAUCAAGUCAUUCUACCGGGGACUACCUCCUCGUCUGGUCAGUGUGGUUCCCAUGAUUGGGAUUCAGUUUACAGUUUAUGAAUUUAUGAAAAAGGUAAUGCAAAAGAGGAAAAUCAACAACAUGUCCGCUCCGACACUCCCAACAGCACCCCUGGCAGCAUCCACCAAAAAACAUAAAAAGGGAAAGCGAAGCAAGGAGGAAUCCAAUUUUGAUCCCUACUCCAGUUUGGAACAAUUACAAGAGUCCUGCAUGGAAGUUGCAGCGAGUCCAGAGCAUCCCUAUCCAGCACCACAUUUCCUAAGAGCGCUGAAGAAGAAGGCGAAGGGCAACAACAAACGAAGGACAAAGUCGUAGGACCCCACAAGAGAAAGCAAGCAAAUCAGAUACAGGUAGUAACCUGCAAGCAAUAGCUGAGCAUGCCUUCAUAUCUACUAGAAACAAACUCAGAAUAGAGAAUCUGUCAAAUAAUUUCCGGUACACUUGUGUACGCUAAGACGGUAUAGUCUAUUUCAGUAGUUUCGACAAUGAAGAUCAGGUUCAAGGAUCCAGGCAGGCAACAAACAGAGGCUAGACAGCAGGUGCCAGUUUUCAACGAACUUGUGAACAUGGUUUAUGGAUGGUUCUGAGAAACCAAAACGCAGUGAUGUGCUUGACAGGGAAUACUCAAAUCUACCUUUUUUGACUAGUAGGGACAUAAGACAUAUAGAAUAUCGUACAACGGAACCACUACUAAUGUUACAUGCUGUUUUAACGCAAACAUGCUUUUGCUUUCACAGAUGCACAUCCAAAAAUGCACCAGCAUAAAAGUUUGGAAAUCUGAAAAUAGCCAUGGAAGGAAACCAUCGAUUGAAUGAUUCAAUUCUACCAGAUGUCACUUGAGGCACCCAAAAGAGCCGUAAUCCCGGCGAUGGCAAUUCCAACCAUGAUGCUAUGGGUCGAUGAUGCAGCCGAAGGAUUCGGGACAAUCUUUGCUUCGGUGAUGGUGGAAUUACAGGUAGUACCGUCUCCGCCGCCAACAAGGAGGAGAAGAGCGUCAUUGAGAUCCGACGUCGCAGCACUGGCGGAUUCCGUCAACUCAUCAUCAGAGCAUUCCUUGGGGAAGCAACCAACCACGUUGGAGAAGGAGGCUGCAACAGUCUGUUCACCGCUACAUUGAAGGUCAAUGUUGGCUUUGUAAGCCCGGGCGCCACUGAUACCAUAGCACGCCGUGAUGAUCUUAUCCUGCGAUGGAGUCACUUCAUCAAAGUCAAUAUCCGUACAAACUAAACUCGUGUUGGCGACAACAGAGCAAAACCCGUCAUCAUUCCCAUCAGCGGCGAUCAGAGCACUGCUAAGCUCGUUGCUUGCAUCAUCAGAAGAUGCAAUCAAUUGUUCGUUAUCCUCCAGCGCAGCAUCAGCAUCGAUACAGGCUUGAGAUACUUCAAGGAAUCGAACCUUUGCUGGCUGGGCCACGGGGACAAAGCCAAGGAUAGCAGUGAAUACCAAUUGAAGCUUCAUGGUGUCUUGAUCGGUCUUCUCUGGGGUAUAAAAGUGGUGCAAAGUUGGGUGCAAAGUAAAAAGUAAAAUGUACCGCAAGUCAAGUCUUCUCAACAAAAAUGAGCCUUCUUUGCCCUCAACUACCAGCUAGCAAGCUGAGGGCCUUUUGAACUUUAUCUUGUGUGUGUGUGUGUGUGUGUGUGUGUGUGUGUGUGUGUGUGUGUGUGU